AUGGUACGACUUAGAGAAAUCCCUCGCACGGCAGCCCUGGCCUGGUCCUCCGGGCCUGCCAAACCGCUUCUUGUCACCGGCACUCGUGCUGGAGCCGUCGACGAUAGCUUCUCCGACGAGGUCAAGCUUGAGCUGUGGGACCUGAACCUGGACGAUCAGGCGCAGGGACUCGAGCUACAGCCCAUUGCUAGCAUCGCCGCAGAUUCAAAAUUCCACGACCUGGCCUGGGGCCCACCAGACGACACGCACCCUCGAGGCAUCAUCGCUGGGGGACUUGAGAAUGGGUCAUUGCAUCUUUGGGAUGCCGAGAAGCUAAUGUCCGGAGCAUCAGAUGCCGAAAUAGCACAUACCUCGAAGCACAGCGGCGCGAUCAAGUCCCUCCAAUUCAACCCGCUGAAGCCCCAAAUCAUAGCUACCGCGGGCGACAAGGGCGAGCUAUGGAUUCACGACGUCAACGAUAUUGAGAACCCGCUGCGCCUUGGGAAUGCUGCGGCCCGGUCGGACGAUAUCGAGUGUGUGGCAUGGAACAGAAAAGUCUCACAUAUUCUGGCAACCGGGGGCUCUGGAGGCUUCGUCACCGUGUGGGACUUGAAGACCAAGAAGGCGUCCCUGACGCUCAACAACAACCGCAAGCGAGUGAGCGCCAUAGCAUGGGACCCGCAGAACUCGACCAAGCUCCUGACGGCGACCCCUGACGACAGUGCGCCCGUCAUUCUCCUCUGGGAUCUGAGGAACUCCAAUGCGCCAGAGCGGACGUUGCAGGGACAUGAGCAGGGAGUGCUGUCUCUGUCGUGGUGUGAACAAGACAGCGAUCUGUUGAUUUCCUCUGGCAAGGACAACCGAACCGUUGUUUGGAACCCCCAGACUGGUGAGCGCUACGGAGAAUUUCCAGAAGUUACGAACUGGACCUUUUUGACUCGGUUCAACCCUCAUAACCCCUCGCUGUCGGCUACAGCGUCCUUUGACGGCAAGAUUGCCAUCCAAACACUUCAGAACACCAAUGCUUCGACCGCGCAGACUGCCGCACAAGACAAUCUCGACGGCGAGGAUUUCUUCACCAGCGCGCAAACACAGCCUCAGGGGUCAUCGUUCUCCCUUCCCAAGGCUCCAGUGUGGAUGCAGAGACCAAUCGGCGCUUCGUUUGGUUUCGGCGGCAAGGUCGUCGUUUUCAGGAAGAAUACCGUUGCGAGUGGUCACCCUCGCUCAUCAAAGAUUUCGAUCUCCCAGUUUUCCGUGGAUUCCGAAGUUUCCGCCCAGGCCGAGAAGUUUGAGACCGCGGUCCAGAGCGGGGAUCUCAAGCAGAUCUGUCAGUCGCACUUGGAGCAGGCCAAGACCGAUGAUGAGAAGGCCGACUGGCUUGUCAUGGACACGCUCGUUGCGGAAGAUCCUCGUCAGCAAGUCAUAAGCCACCUGGGCUUUUCGAAGGACGACCAAGUGACCAAUGGCGACGAAGAGAAGGAGACACUGGAGGGUGAGGAAGCAGAAGCACCCAAAGAGAAUGGCAUCAAGAAGUCCUCGCACAAGAGGAUGACGAGCAUCUUCGAUGGCGCGGAUGGCGAUGACUUCCUGUCGGGCUUGGCCGCCAACAAGGGCGCCAAGACAGAGGACCCAUUCCAUCUCCUUAGCGAAGGCAAUACUGCCCUGGAGGAUCAGGUCACCAAGGCUCUCAUGCUCGGCAACUUUGCCAAAGCUGCGGACACCUGUCUGAAGGAAGACCGCAUCGCAGAUGCUUUCAUCAUCGCCAACUGUGGUGGAAAGGAGCUCGUGGAUAAAGUGCAGGCAGCUUACCUCUCCAACAGGAAGGGUAGCCCCAGCUAUCUUCGUCUCCUGAGCUCGGUCAUUGCUGGCAACCUCUGGGAUGUUGUAUACAAUGCGGAUCUGGCCAACUGGAAGGAGACCAUGGCCACGCUGUGCACCUUUGCACAGCCAAACGAGUUUCCCGACCUCUGCGAGGCGCUCGGCGACCGUAUUCUUGAAUCAGGCUCGCGUAAAGACGCCUCUUUCUGCUACCUGGUCGGCUCAAAACUGGAGAAGGUUGUUUCCAUCUGGAUCGAAGAGCUCUCGGAGACUGAACAGGCCGAGAUGAAGGAGCCUAGCGAGGACUCAACUUUCUCGGUGCAUGCCAGAUCUCUACAGCAGUUCAUUGAGAAGGUCACGAUCUUCAGGCAGGUGACCAAGUUCCAGGACUCCGAGACUGGUCUCUCCUCGGACUGGAAGCUAUCGGCGUUAUACGACAAGUAUGUCGAGUAUGCAGACAUCGUUGCGGCCCACGGCCUCCUGCCUGUGGCUCAGAAGUAUCUUGAUCUUUUGCCGGCAAGCUACUCUGCAGCAGAAGUUGCCAGGAACCGCGUCAGACUGGCAACUCAGAAGAGCACUGCCCAGACAGCUGCUCGCCAACCAGCGACAGCGUCACGGACAGCUUCUCGGGCCCAGCCUUCUCGGGCACAGCCUGUCGGCUAUCAGCCUCCACAGCCUGCCGCCCCGACUGCUGCGAACCCGUAUGCUCCGCCCGUACCGGUUCAGAGUCCAUCUGCAAACCCGUACGCCCCGCCGGCACCAGUCCAGACGCCAUCUGCGAACCCAUAUGCUCCGCCUUCGACGAUACCCGCUGCGAAUCCCUAUGCGCCGCCUGGAGUUGCUCCAGCGGCCAACCCGUACGCGCCGUCUCCAUCCGCGACCUUUGGUCAACCUCAGCAAGGCUACGGGGCGUUUGGGCAACCGCCGAUAGCACCACCGCCUAUGGCUGGCCCGCCGAGAGCGGGGACACCGGGCUCCAACCCGCCUCUUCUUCGGGCCAAGGACGUGGGUGACUGGAACGAUGUGCCGAUGGUCACGAAAGUGCCGCCCCGGAAGUCCACACCGCGAACGGCUCCCAUCACAGCGCCAUUCCCUGGCCAGCCGGGCUCUGGGGUGCCACCACCGCCUCAAAGCCCUUAUGGGGCUCCACCUCGUGCCACGCCGACACCUCCUCCUCCGCCACCGAAGGCAGGCCAGGCUGGCCCUCCCCGUGUGACCUCACCCUUGGCAGGACCUCCGCAGGCGCGACCGCCGCCCACGGCCUCGAAUGCGUAUGCCCCUGCACCAGGCGGAGCCGCGCCACGGACUGCUUCUCCAUACGGCGCACCCCCAGCUGGGCCACCGCAGUCAAGUCGAUAUGCUCCGGCACCAGCUGCCCAGCAAUUUUCUCAGCCGCCAGCUGCAUCGAUGCCUCCUCCUGCUGCUGCCAGCCGGCCGCCACCAGCCAACCCCUAUGCAGCGCCCCCGGCCGGGCCAGGCCAGUUCGCGCCGUCACCGUACGCCCCGGCUGCCACACCAACAGGCCAGACGCCCGUGGCGCCGCCACCAUCAUCAUUCGGCCCUCCGCCAACUGCUCAAUCAGCCGCGACGCCGCCGCCGCCAAGGUCCGCGCCGUCGCCGGCUGCUGCCCCUCCCAAGGCCAGGCACCCGGCUGGUGACCGUUCACACAUCCCAGCCAGUGCCCAAAACAUGGUUGAUGUCCUCAGCCGCGACAUGCAAAGAGUGGCAUCGAAGGCGCCGCAGAACUUUGCUCCUCAAGUGAAGGACACCCAGAAGCGGCUGAACCUGCUGUUCGACCAUUUGAACAACGAGGAGCUGGUCAAGCCGGACACGAUCGCACAGCUCUCCCAGCUGGCUAAUGCACUCGAGUCCAAGGACUACGGCCAGGCUCAUCAAAUCCAGGUGAACAUUCAUGAGAACAAGACGGAGGAGUGUGGUAAUUGGAUGGUCGGAAUCAAGAGGCUGAUCAGACCGAGCCCUGAUGAGGCUGCGGCCGCUGCGCGAGCAGCUGAGCAGGCCCGCUUGCGCAAGGAACGCCGCGAGGCAAAGAUCAAGGCCGGCGGCAACGCUCGCUUGAACAGGAUCACCGGGCUGGGAGGAGGUGUUCAGAGGGACCCAAUACCAAGCAAUCCCCAAUCGGCAGCGUCCUCGCCAGCCCCUGCCGCGGCAGCCAAACCAGCGACCGGCGAGGACCAACAACACGGCGACCCGGACGAGGUCGACAUAUCUGAGCACUACUACGAGCCGCAGAAGACGAACCGGAUUCCCUCCCCGUCGCCUGCCGGCAGGGGCAGCGGCGGCCCGAACAGCAACGUGUCGGAGGACCAGCUGCGCCAGAUGAUGCUCGGCUUCGACCGCCCGGCCACCCCCGGCGCCAACGGCACCGGUCCCGCAAACCCUUUAGAUCCGGCGGCCAUGUUCGGCGGAGCGAACGGCGAGGAGGAUCCCAUGAUGAAGAUGCUGUCGCAGAUGCUCGGUGGGGCCGGCGGGAUGCCGCCCGGUGUGGGACAGGGCGGCGGCCCGGGCGGCCCCGGCAGCAACCCCUUUGCAGGUGGCAACCCCUUCGCGGGAGGCAUGCAGCCGCAGCAGCAGCAUCAAGCCGCGGCAUUCGACCCCUACUCCGCCUUCUGGCGCUUGGUGCACUUCCUCCUCGCGGCCGGGCUGGGGCUGUACAUCGCAACGGUGGCGGGCUUCACGGGCACCAAGAUCGAGAGGGAGAGGGGCGCGUUCGCCGCCAGCACCGGCCGCUCUGCCGACGACGACGGGCGCAGGUACUUCUUCUGGACGUUCGCCACCGCCGAGACGAUCCUGCUCACGAGCCGGCUCCUCCUGGACCAGGGGCGAGCGCCGCCCCCGGGGAUCUUGUGGACUAUCUUGGGCUUCAUACCGGAUGGCAGGAUGAAGGGGCUGGUGACUACGGGGCUCAAGUACUCUCGGAUCUUCACCACUCUCCGCUCGGAUAUACUUGUCUGUGUCUUUGUGCUUGGUGUGACUUCUUGGCUGAACUCUUGA